UGACAACUUUUUGAUCACGGGAAAAUAUCAAUUGCAGAAUCCCAAAAUGGCAGAGGACGAAGAAAACGAUUCCAUGAGCCUUUUCGACAUCGCGUGGGAAGACGUGCUGUACGUUAAAUUGUUUCCCCUGUUGUCGCUGAAAGACAAGUUCAACCUGCGAUGCUGCUCGAAGCUGGCCAAAACGUUCGUCGACCACGGUUUCCGGCGUAUGCGGGAGGUUAAUCUGUCUGGUAAUAACUCCGCCACCGUUGCCCUGGCGUUCGAAGUGCUAGCACGGAAUUGUCGUAACGUAAGGGUGCUCAAUCUGGCACGAUGCCGCUGGGUCGAGGACAGCAACCUUUUCCCGUUUCUACAGGACAACCACCGUUUGACGAAAAUUAAUCUCACCGACUGCUCCAAUGUUACGACCCGAUCGAUGCAGCCCAUAAUCAUAGCCUGUAAGCAGGUGACCACGCUCCAGCUGGCCCAUUGCCACUGGCUUACGAUCGGAGCGAUCGAAGCUCUCACGCUGCAUCACACCAAAAUACAGGAGCUGGACGUGUCGUAUUGCGCUACAUUGAAUGAGCGGUGUAUUUCGGUGUUUCUGUUGAACUGUCGUGCCUUGAGGACACUCUCCUUGGCAAACGUACCGGCCGUAACGGAUAACUUGCUGUUUGCGAUCGCGAAACACUCGAAGCUAAUCAAACACCUGAACCUGAUCGGUUGCUACAUGAUCACGGAUCGUGGCAUUGGAGCUCUUGCACUGUGCUGCAAAGAACUGGAGUCGCUGAUGGUCCGUGAGUGUCCUAAUGUAACGGAGCGAAGCCUAGCGCUGAUUCGUGGCCGGGUGUUCAUCGAUCGACCACGGUUGUACCAGCCCGAUAUGAACAUGGUUCCGAACAUGGGCAUUCCCCGGCUUUAUCUGCAGGUUUAGAGCAUGCUCAGUACCGAUGAUAAGAGCAGCUUCAAGCGUGAUAAUUACUGUAGCUAACUGUUUCUCGCCUCCGGCACACGCGUUUCGUUGUAAAUAGAUCGUAGGAUGUUUCGUUUGAUAUUGGAAUAAAUGUAAUUUAUUGAUA